AUGACUCCAGCACUCUCCCUCCUCGCCCUCAUCCUCGCCCUCACCACCCUCACCCUCGCCCAAACAUCCACCACCCCCGCAUCCUCUCCCUCCACAACCAUAGCCACCAUCAUCCCCAGCGCAUCCUCAUACACCUAUCUCGGCUGCUACACCGAAACCCUCCACACGAAUACCACGGGCGGAUUACGCUCUCUCAACGGAGGCGUCACGGAAGCGCUCGAUGUGAUGACGGUACCGCUGUGUAUGGCAUUUUGCAAAUCAAACGGCUAUGCGUAUGCGGGGAUUGAAUAUACGAGAGAAUGCUACUGCGCACAAUAUCUCUCCGCCCUCGCCUCCAAAGUCGAUGACGCAAAAUGCGAUCUCCCAUGUAAAGGAAACACGAGCCAGAUAUGUGGCGGAUCGUGGACACUGUCGGUGUAUUUGCAGAAAGGGAGUCAGAAAGGAGAUGCAGGAGAGGGGAGGGGGAUAAGCGCGGGAAAACAGGCGGUGAUGGCGUUGGGGGUAGCGUUUGGAGGAUUGUUGGCUUUGUGUUAA